GGAAAUUUGCACUCUGGAAGUGUGUGAGAGAUUAUAGCUGUGUGAAUACUGUCGUGUGAGGUGGCCACUACACUGACUGCUGCGCUCUCGAAGGGUGGGUGCUCCUUUGUACACAAACGAGAUCCGGGAGCUGCCUGUUCUAUUCCGCAAACGCUCAGAGGAAAACGGUGAGGCAGAAAGCCGUGGGCGGAAAGAGAAUUCAGCUUGUUGAAGACCCUAGGGAACUUUCACUCUUCACUUGAAAGGAAAUAACAUUGAAGGUUAAAGUCAAAGAAUUUCCUUUUCCAUAGAUUAGAUGGCGUCAGUGAAUGACUCUCGCCUUCAGCAGCAGCCUGCACAGAAGGAUGCGGCUGACCAGAACUUUGACUACAUGUUCAAGCUGCUGAUCAUUGGCAACAGCAGUGUGGGGAAGACCAGCUUCCUGUUCCGCUAUGCUGAUGACUCCUUCACCUCAGCCUUUGUCUCCACUGUGGGCAUAGACUUCAAGGUCAAGACCGUCUUCCGCAAUGAGAAAAGGAUAAAGCUACAGAUAUGGGACACAGCGGGACAGGAGCGCUACCGUACCAUCACCACAGCCUACUACAGAGGAGCCAUGGGCUUCCUGCUCAUGUAUGACAUCACCAACCAGGACUCCUUCAACGCUGUGCAGGACUGGGCAACUCAGAUUAAGACAUACUCUUGGGACAACGCACAGGUGAUCCUGGUGGGAAACAAGUGUGAACUGGAGGAUGACAGGCUAGUCCCCACAGAGGAAGGCCAGAGACUGGCCAAAGAUCUUGGGUACCAGUUCUUCGAGGCCAGCGCCAAGGACAACAUCAACGUGAAGCAGGUGUUUGAGCGGCUGGUAGACGUCAUCUGUGAGAAGAUGAACGAGAGCAUGGGCGGAGAUGCCAACCUGUUGUCCAAUCACAGGAGCACCAGUCUACAGGACUCGCCUCCAGAGAACCAUGGGGGCUGUGGCUGCUAAAUCCCGCCUCACUUCUCCUCACAGCCCCACAACAAACCCUGGCACUGUGCGUGAAGUAUAGAGAGUACACCUCACAAACUACACCCCAGUCUCACACCCCCUAACACAGCCACUACAGUGAAAACCAUGAAGCAGCCAGCUGAGAUAACCAUUGGUCCCUUCCCCUCGGUCCAUCCAGUGUUAUCCCACAUAUCC